AUAAAAGUAAAAAAAAGAAAAAAUUAACAAGUAAAAGUAAUGAAUAAAUUUUGAGUUUGUUUUAACUAAUGCAGACUAUAUAAGUCGUCUCCAAGUAUGGCAAAAAUAAAAUUACCAACCGACGAUAAAAAAGUGUUCAACGCAGGAUGUCAGAGGAAAUGUCUAAAGACGACUCUUGUCCGGGUAUUGGCUAUAUCCGGCGUGACAUUGAUGGCGCUUAUGAUAAUUCUCGUUUAUCAUGCAAUUACGUUGCACGAAGCAGGCAAGCAUCAUCCAGUCGCGCCAACGGGUCCGCAAUAUCAGACCUUCGUUCAUUCAGAUAACGAAAAACUGACUGAUGAACGCCAUGUAACAGGCAAUGAAUUUGACCAAAACUUGAUUGUGCAGCAAUUGCGGUCGAUCGAUGUUCGACAACGCCACGGAAGAAGUUUACCAGAUCCACUGGACCCUGUAUUUCUCGAGCAUGGACCAAAUUUUGAUAGUCUUUAUGCGAAAGUGCGAAAUAAACGUACACGCAUCGAGUUGGGAAAAUUGGAAAAAGAAUAUCUCCGAUGUAAAAAAGAGUCCGUAAAUAGUAGCAGUUGCAUGGUUGCAUUUCUAAAGCUAUACGACUUAGCCAAGGAAAUUAGUGAGAAAGUGGACAAGAUGAAAGAAAUAUUUGAUGAUAACGAGGAAACACUUCAACGGAGCAAUAGCUCAGAAUCCACAGAAUCUCAUGAGGUGAAUCGGAGAAAUGAGACGGAUACAACAAAGGACGGAAGCAAUGAUACAACAACUGCAGCAACAACGGAGGCUCGUUUAAUAACGGUGACAGAAGCAGCAAGUGUUACAAAUCGAAAUGCGAGUGCAAAUGGCGAAGAGGAGCCCAUACAUUAUAAUUGGAUAAUCGACGGACAAGAUGAAGAUAUUACAGAUCAAGCUCCGUUGAAGGAGAACGUAACCGAAGUGUCAGAUUUUGUAUCAACAACAACUAUGGCGGCGAUCAAAAAAGUAACUAAUAUAACAGAAAAUCUACCAUUGAGAACCUCGAGAGGGCCUACAAGUACCAGCACCGAAGCCACACCGACAGAGAGCGGAAAGAAUCAUAACGACACCAGUUUUACGCACACAGAAAAUGAGUCACACAAAAUCAGUUGGAUUUUAGAUGGUUACGAAAAUGAUAAUGAAACAAUGACCGUGGAUAAACCGAUUAUAAAUGAAACGACUGCAAAACCAACUCACAUGAAUGUAGCAACCGAAAAUUCCGCGAACGAGACUACAACUCCGUCAACGAUAAAGGUGACGGUGCAUGAAAAACCUGAGAAAAUUAGUUGGAUAAUAGACGGGCAUCACGAUGAUGAUAAGGAAAAGGCGGAAGAAGACGAAGAAGAAUUUGUUGCUAACACGACCAAGUCAAAUUUAUCAAAGGAAAUUGUUUCCAUCGGCACAGAGAAAGUCCUAUGGAUAUUAGAUGAAAACGAUGAGAAUGAUGAAAAUGUGGAAACAACUGCGAAGGAAACGCCAAAGUCUACAACACAAAUAAAAGACAAGUCCGAUAGAAUUAGUUGGAUAAUAGACGGUCAUGAUGAUGAAAGUGUAACUAGUUCUACCACUCGCCUGACAACGUCCUCCACCCGAAAUAUAUUCGAAGAACUGGAAGAGGUAACGGAGGGUGUGGAGAAAGAAGAAGAAAAGCUGCGUAAAUUAAAAUAUGAUGCUAUGAUCGAGCAAGAGCAGGUUGAGUCUAAAACGCCGCGUACAACUGUUGCUGAACAGCCCACCACAACAGCGCCUCUUAAGCAUGCCACCUCUUCUCUGGUAAUGAAUCAGACAGUUCAUCUUACCAAUACCGCAGGCAUAACAAUAACCUACGGUGGAGAUUGUAUGACAACAACAACAACAAAGCCCGAACAGCUGGAGCAGGAAAAAGCACGCGCAAGCGAUACACAAGACAGGUCGCAUCCCUUAGACCAUCCCAGCAGUGCCGAAAAUAUGCUUGAAGUAUCGGAAAAGUACCACAAAUUUAAACCUUUCAAGGCGGUUAGUGUUUCGCCGAAACUCAAGAACAUUACCUCGACCACAACUAGUCCAUAUAAUGCUGAAAUGUGGGAAAAACUAUUUCGGCAAAGCUCGGCGGUACAACAUCAACAGGAUGAAUUAAUAGACACUUUUGGACCAACAGAUAUUCAGUCUAUGUUGGAAUUUGGCGCCAAACUCAAUACGGCGAAUACAAACACUCAAGGAUUGUUAGACUCACAGUUUUUGUCACUGUGCGAUCAAAUAGUAGCAAGGCGUUUGCUCAACAAAGGUAUGAACACAGAAGAAGAGCCCUUCACGCCAGCACCCAACCCGCAGUUCACCAGCCGUGGUCCUGGCGGUUUUCCCGUUACCGGCGAGACGAUGAAGGCAACAGCUCAGUUUAUCUAUAAUCCCAAUUUCGGUAUGCCUACCAUUCCGAUCUGCUUUUACAUAACUCCUGCAAAUUUUCGUAUGGCUAAUCAGAGCCCUAUGUGGUCGAACAAUUUCGCUGGCAUGUCCGGUGGGUUCUCUAAUCCAAUGGGGCUCAAUACACCGAAUGGUGUGUUUUUUGUACCACAAAAUUUUGGCCCAACGGGCAAUUUCUUUGGACCAAGCGGAAGUACAGGUACUGGUGGUAGCCAGACUAGCAUGGGAAAUGUAUUUGGUAAGAAUGCUGCAGCACGAAAGCAACAACAGCAAUUCUUCUGCACCUAUAUGCAAAACAACGGGAAUAACAGUCCAAGUGGUGGUAGCGGGCGUGGCGGACUUGGUGGUAGUGGUAUUAAUGGCAUGGGUUUUAGGACUGAUAGUUUUAAGAUGCGUACAAGUGGCCAAAAUCUUACCAACGACAUCAUUUACGCCUCAUAUACCGAUAUACCGGACCACUUGGGACAUGCCGAUCAUUUCCAGUGCUCACUACCCGAGCAGGUAGCAUGUUAUGGUGGCAAGGAGUGCAUACAAGAGAGUGCCUGGUGCGAUGGAUUUGUUGAUUGCGCAGAUGGUAGCGAUGAGGCGGCCUGUCGAUGCAUAGAUCGGUUGGCCAGUAAACGCAUAUGCGAUGGCUAUGCCGAUUGCCCGAUGGGUGAAGAUGAACUUGGUUGCUUUGGUUGUAACGAUUUAAUAUAUUCCUGCUACGAUGGACCCGAGGAUUAUGCGGCGUACAAUAGGUCGACAGUGUCCAUGUGUUACAGCGCCACGGAACGGUGUGAUGGCGUCAUGAAUUGUUUGAAUGGUCGAGAUGAACUUGAGUGCAAUAUUAUAGUUGAUAAUGUGUUGGAUCAUAUGUCACACGCAGCUUCCAGUUCGAGUGGUUUCCUCUUUCAUAACUACCGUGGCGAAUGGUUUCCGGUUUGCAACAAUGCGCAGAAAUGGGCAAGCGAAGCUUGUGCCAAUGAAGCCGAACAUAGCGCCACACCGAAUGUGACCUUCCGUGAAAUCACACUAUCCGGUACGUUUAUUGAGCCUACCCUCGUGGGUCAGGCACGCUUUCCACAAUCCUGUCAGCAACGUGACGCACACGAUAAGCUUGUAGACCAGGCGGCAUAUGUCGAUUGUAUGUCAACAACACAAUGUGGACUAGUUAAGAAGAAAGUUAAAACUCCUUUCCGUCGAAAGCGCUCGGGGUCUUUGAGUAAGCUGCAUAAAAGUAUAAGGCAGCAACAAGAGCAACGUAAACGAGAAAAUUUCAAUGGACGCAUCGUUGGUGGCUCCUACAGCUCACCUCUACAAUGGCCCUUCGUGGUUGCCAUAUAUAGGGACGGAAAGUUCCACUGUGGUGGCACAAUAUAUUCCGAAAAAUGGAUCUUGAGUGCCGCUCAUUGCGUUAUAAACUACCACAAGUACUAUUACGAGAUCCAUGCAGGUAUGUUACGUCGAACUAGUUUCGCCGGCUCCACGCAAAUCCGUACAGUAUCACAUAUCAUCGUACAUCAGGCGUACGAGAGGCGUAGCAUGCGGAACGAUCUAUCAUUGUUGGCAAUGGCUGAGCCAUUAAAAUUUAAUCGUUGGGUGAAACCGAUAUGUUUGCCGGAUGUGGGUCGAACUACAGCCGGUGCAGAUUGGAUUUGGGGGCCGGAAGAGAAUACGUUAUGCACAGUGGUGGGAUGGGGUGCAGUGCGUGAGAAAGGCCCUGGCAGUGACCAAUUGCGUGAGGUUAUUGUGCCAAUACGAAAACAAUGUACAGAGUUGGAAGACAAGGAGUCGGAGGAUGUUUGCGCUGGCGAUGCGGAUGGUGGACGUGAUGCUUGUCAAGGUGACUCAGGUGGCCCGUUGUUUUGCAGAAGUGUCAACAAUACUGAGGAAUGGUACUUGGCUGGUGUUGUUAGUCACGGCAAUGGCUGUGCACGUAAAGGUGAAUUCGGUGCAUACACACGAGUUGCGCUAUACUUGGACUGGAUUGAAAUGGCGUCAAAAUAUCGCACGAAACUACAGCCGCGUUUAACGUGCCCGGGUUACACCUGUGUUUGGGGUGGAAAUCGUUGUAUACCUAUGAAACGGCGCUGCGAUCGUAUUGUCGAUUGUUUGGGCGGAGAAGAUGAAGUUGGCUGCAUUUACAAUUUCAUACCAGAUCUGGUGGGCAGUAGUAAAAAUAUAAGUAGCACAACAGAGAGUGAUUACCACCCAGAAGAGGUGGUAAAAACCACCCACUGCAAAGCGGCAGAUACAGCACGUAACGCAGGCGUUGAGGAGGAGAAUGAAGUAGAGGUAGAUGAUGAAAAGGCGUCUACGGAAAGACGGGUUAGUGAUGAUGAGGAAAGCAUAACUAACGCUUCCACGGCGACUAUUACUCAGAACAUAACAAAAAUAGAGUCGAGUACAAAUGAUGCAACAGAGUAUACCACGGAUUUUAGUACAACAGAAUCUUCUGAUAUAGACGAAACAAAUGCAACACCACAGGCCACUUUCGCAGAUUUGACUACCUCGGAAACUAUAUCAACACAAUCAACGCCUUCAAUUGAAACUACAGCCGACUCAACUACAACCGAAGAUGUUAUCACGAGCACGAGCACGACGCAAAUCACAACCACAACAGAAAUGACAACCAAUAUUCCAAGCACAACGACGAUAGUUACCACAACGGAAAUAACAACUACUCCAAUUGGCACAACGGAACCGAGUAUGGCAGACACAACCGAAAGUUCGUUAUCAACUGAUACAACGACAGUAUCACUUACGCCAUUUGACGUUGAAAAUUUGGUAACAACAUCAACAACUGGCUCUACGUUUAGCACCACAACAAGUCCGGCCAAAAUUUGGCUUUCACAAGCGACCUCAACGGAAGCCACGGAAGCCACGGAAACCACUACAAAGAUCAGUAAAACCUCUACAGAGAAACCACAUUCGUUUAUUAAUGCUACUCUUCCAGGGAAAUUUGUAUGUCAAAGAAUUCCUCAGAUUGUAGAGCUGAUAAAUCGUUGCGAUCGAGUCUUGGACUGCGAAGAUGGCACUGAUGAGGACUCUUGUAGUUGCCGGGAUUACCUGAAAGGAUCGCUUAACAUACUCAUUUGCGAUGGAAAAGUGGACUGUGAGGAUUUAACUGAUGAGGAGAAUUGUGGUAAUUGCCAGGACAGUGAAUUCCUUUGUCCGCUUUCUAAAACGUGUGUGCCGUUGCGAAAGCGUUGCGACAACAAUAUUGAUUGUGAUUUCAAAGAGGAUGAAAAGGACUGUUUCGCACUAACGAAUGGCAAGAAAAUUAUCUUGGAUGCCGACAGACGACCACUUUUGACUAACGCAGGUAUAUUUUCGCGCAACAACAACGGGACAUGGCGUGUUGUAUGCUCUCACGAGAUUUCCCACUCGGAUGGCAUCGCCUCAACAGCGGCGAGCGUGUGCGUGCAGCUCGGCUUCAAAAGUCUCAAGUUCUACAACACAACGAGAUUCAUUGGCCACAAUGCCAUAAUUCCUAUACAUCCGGACAUACAAAAGAAACAGAAGCUUCUGCAAGCACACUUCUCCACUAUAUCAGCGGACAAUCAUCAGUUCUCCGGCGCUGAACGCCAAUUUCGUGCGAAUGAUCAGGCAUUUAAGGCGCGCACACAAUUCAUUGAACACACGAGGGAUGAGUGCUUGGGUCUCUUUGUGGAAUGUGAAGCUAAAGCGUAUAAAAUGGAGCCGUUGAAGACAAUAAGUGCUGGAGAGCAAUUGGCGCCGGCGGGUGUGCCCUCAACUGGUUUGGAGCCAGCCUUGGAAACUCACGGCAAGCCGAAUGUUUUCGUAACACCGCCAUCGACGCUGGUUUUGGUCACUAAGAAGGACGAAGUGCUCGAUAAGUUGGACGGUGUGAUAGCAAGUCGUAAGAAUAUGACACUUUUGGUGGAUAAUAAAUUACACGAGGCUGUAGAAGAGUUGCACUGGCCGUGGGUGGUUGAUAUAUACGUUGAUGGACGGUUGUGGUGCGUGGGCGCUUUGGUGGAUAAAUAUUGGGUGCUGGUGCAUGAGUCAUGUCACUAUGGUGUUAGAUUCAACACCAAUUACAUAGCUGUGCUACUGGGUGGUGGCAAAACGAAAGGUUUACGCCACAAAAGCACACACGAGCAGAUCCAACGUGUCGAUUGCUUUGAGCAGGUGCCCAAGAGCGAUGUACUUCUAUAUCAUUUGGAGAAGCCUGCGCGCUUUACGCAUCACGUGCUGCCUACCUUCUUCCCAGAAUUCUCGACAAAGGCUGCUGGUGAGUCCCAACAAUGCAUAGGAAUUUUACAUGACGAACAAAGUGGCCGCAUAAAAGCCGUCUUGGCUGUUGAGGAGCAUAAUGAUGCACUGUGUAGGGUCUCCGACAUGUCAUGCUAUCGCCUUAUUGAGCGUACGCCACCACGGCGACUGCUCGCCGAACUGGGCGUGAGUGAUGAAGAUUUUGCCAGUUUAUCCGAAGAAGUCGUCUUCAAAGAAGAUUUCAGUGAAAGCAACGAAUUUUCAUCACUAGCCAUCUCACGAUUCGCUACGUGCACACAAUUCGGCAAAAAGAAUUCGAGUCGUCUAGCUUUUGAACCUGUAGAUCAAGGUAUUUUGGCGUGUCGACAAGCAGAUUCUGGCUGGUAUCCAUUAGCCUUAUUCGAUUACAACAAUACGAACUGUUAUAGUUUCAAAGACUCAUUCGCAUUGAGAACUCUAGAGAAAGUCUACGGUACUAUACAGAGCUUAAUAGAUCAACCUAAGUGUGAACACCCUCAUGAGGCACCCGUAUGCAGCACUCACAGGUGUGCUCUUGGAGAUUGUUUGGAGGAGGAGCAAAUAUGUAACGGCUUCAACGAUUGUCAUGAUGCUGACGACGAAGAGAAAGAGAUGUGUAUGGGACAAAAGAAAGUGUGUCAGCCAUCCGAGUUGAAAUGCCGCUCAACGUAUAAGUGUAUACCGAAAACGAAAUUUUGCGAUCACGUUGCCGAUUGUGAAGAUAUGACCGACGAACCUACACUUUGUUCCUGUUAUACUUACCUCCAAGCUACCGAUCCGAAGAAAAUAUGCGAUGGCAUUCGUAACUGUUGGGAUAAGAGCGAUGAGAGUCCGGCGUUAUGUAAUUGUACCGAAAAUCAUUUUCAUUGUGGCGUUGCCUCUAAAGAGUGCGUACCACGUGACUUUGUCUGCGACAAAGAGCCUGACUGUCCCAACGGUGAGGAUGAGAAAUAUUGCUUUGGCCUCGAAUUUCCAAAGCAAAUAGUCACUGAAAAGACAGGAUUCUCAAAACUACCACAGCUCAAACACAAACAAUUACCGCAAUUCGGCCAAGUCAUCGAACAGACCUAUGGCGUAUGGCAUACAAAAUGCUUUCCCCGAAGCAGACCACCAGACGUGAAUGAGGUGCGACAGAUUUGUAAACAGCUCGGCUUUAGUCCAUUCAAACAGCCGAGUUAUCGUAUAAUUGAUGAUGUGGCCAAAAAGGUGGUGGAAACCAAUGAAUGGCCCGAUCAGCGUGGACGUAGUUUUGGCAAUGAUGAGGAAUCACCGCUACACGAACGCUAUCGCAGUGCCACCAAAGCGGUGGUGGUGAGCAAGUUCUCACCACUCAAUCUUAACGAUGAUUUGACUUUGUUCCUCAAGCCCAGCAGACCAAUCGCUGAGGUGGCGCAAUGGAAUGCGACAGACUCGGACAAAUGUUAUAGACUUGAAAUCAAUUGCAUGUAGUGUACAUAUUAUACUACAUACGUGUACGUACUCGUACUUGUAUGUAGUAGUGUACGAGUAAUUUGUAACUUGGAUGUAUAUUUGUAAUGUUGAAUGUGCCUACUUAAAUAUUGUAUUUGUUCUCAUA